AUGAGGCAAGAAUACAGUUUGAGGGUUUCAAGAAUCAAAGACAAAGUGUGGAGAUUGCCUUUUCGGGGACAUGAUGAGUCUUCAACAUCAUCCAAUAGAGGCAAUUUUUUAGAAUUGCUCAAAUGGUAUAGCUCAGAGUGUCCAGAAGUUGCGACAGUUGUUGGAAUGAAUGCACUUGGAAAUAAUCAAAUGAUUGCCCCAGAAAUUCAAAAGCAAUUGGUGAAUGCUUGUGCAGUUGAGACCACAAAUGCUAUUCUAGCUGAUCUUGGAGAUAGGUGGUUCACUUUACUACUUGAUAAGGCUCGUGACUAUUCAAUGAAAGAGCAAAUGGCAGUUGUUAUUAGAUAUGUGAACAAACAUGGAGAGGUGAUUGAACAAUUUAUGGUUGUAGUUCAUGUUGCAACAACUACAGCUGCUUGUUUGAAGGAGGCAAUCGACUCUUUAUUUGCUAAGUAUGGUUUGUCAAUGGCGAGAUUGAGGGGUCAAGGAUAUGAUGGUGCUUCAAAUAUGUCUGGAGAAUUUAAUGGCUUAAAGUCACUGAUAAUGAAAGAAAAUCCGUAUGCAUUGUAUGUUCAUUGUUUUGCUCAUCAACUCCAACUAGUGGUUGUAGCUAUUGCUCAAGCAAAUCAAUAUGUUUGUGAUUUCAUGUGGAAUGUUGGUUCGAUUAUGAACACAUCUGCAUCAUCUUGCAAAAGGGCCGACAAACUUCGACAACUUGAACAUGACAGAAAAGUUAAACUUCUUGAAAGAGGAGAGAUUAGUUCUGGUAGAGGAAUAAACCAAGAAACUAGUCUAGCUAGACCUGGAGAUACACGAUGGGGGUCUCAUCAUUCAACUUUAUGUCGUAUUGAACAAAUGUGGCCAUCUGUUAUAGAGGUUCUUCAAAAUUUGAUUGAUGAUGGUGAUCGUUCUUCUAAGGGUUUAAGUAGAACUUUGGUUGAAAGAAUGGAGAGGUAUGAAUUUGUGUUUAUUCUACUAUUGAUGAAACGUAUAUUGGCAAUCAAAAAUCAUUUGUCAACCGUUCUACAAGAGAAAGAUCAAAAUAUUGUGAAUGUGAUACGUUUGAUCAAUAAUGUGAAAUGCAAAUUGCAAAAGUUGAGAGAUUCUAGAUGGGAUAUUUUACUUGAGGAUGUGAAGAAGUUUUGUAACACUCAUUCCAUUGAAAUAAUUUAUAUAACAGAUAACAUCAACAGCCGUAGUCGUUUGAAGAGAGAUGGAAAAAAUGUUAUCGAUAUUAUUCUACAGGAGAUGGAUAGUCGUUUCUCUGAAACAACUACAGAUUUGUUGAUUUAUAUGUCAUGCCUUGAUCCUAGGAACUCGUUCUCUAGAUUUGAUAUACAGAAGUUAGUGCCUCUAGCUCAUUUUUAUGAGGAUGAUUUUUCUUGGAAUGAGCGUAUGUUGGUUGAACAAGAGCUUGACACAUAUAUUGAUGACGUCAGAUCAGAUGAACGAUUUGAAGGCAUUUCAUAUUUGGGAGCUCUUGCAAAGAAAAUGACUGAAACAAUGAAGAACCGUGUAUUUCCUUUGGUUUAUCGGAUGAUUGAGCUAGCCUUACUUCUUCCAGUUGCUACUGCAACCGUUGAAAGAGUGUUUUCGGCAAUGAAUAUUGUCAAAACAGAUUUGCGAAACAGGAUUGGAGAUGAAUGGAUGAAUGAUAGUUUGGUAGUCUAUAUCGAGAAAGAUGUUUUUAAUACUGUCGACAAUGAGCCAAUUUUAUAG